GGAUGCUGGUCCAGUGAGUUAGUCAGGUUUGCGACCCACUUGCGCCCCCCUAUUACAUUCAUUUGCAUGACUAGCUGGUGGUGUUUUCCCUCCAUAAAAGUGUAGCGAUAUCUGUGGAAACUGGGUACACGUAGAUACUCCAGCUCUUUAAAAUGGACUCGGAUAUACUGAAGAUAGAGGAAAUAGUGAUGGGAGGUGGAGAAACUGCUGCUCCUGCUGAACUGAAUCCUGAAAAGGCUGAGCAGCCGUACACCACGAUCAUCAUUCAGGAUCCUCCGCCACCCCCAGUCAUUCAGUCAUACCAGCAUGAGAGCCUGCAGUGUUUCCAGUGUUUCAUCACCUUCUGUAACUCCAAAGCCAAGGAAAGGCAUAUGAAGAAGAGUCAUCGUGAGGAGUACAAACAGCAGCUGCAGCAGUGCGACACGCUGUUCACCUGCUAUGUGUGUGACCGCACUUUCCCAUCCUCCGAGGAACUAACACAGCAUCAGUCCACCCACAACAAGGAAGACAAGCCGUUCAAAUGUGCGCAUUGCCAAGAAAGCUUCCGUACAUUCUCUGAGCUGACAACACACAGACGGCAGGUAUGUCCUGAGCGUCAGUUUGGGUGUAAAGAAUGCGGUGAGACGUUUCGAAGUCCAGCACUUCUGCGUAGCCACCGUUUGGCCCAGCACCCUGCGCGUCAGGAGGCAGAGGAUGCAGAUGAUCCUACCAAGACCCACCGAUGUGGCAAGUGCGGCAGGGGCUUUGAGGAGGAGGCCGAGCUCCUGCAGCACCAGGAAAACCACGCAGGCAACCAGCACUGCAACGGCAGCACCCCAGCUAAGAGGCGUGGGAGGCCUCCCAAAGCUGAAACUGCAGUGGUUGUAGAGAAAAAGCAAAAGCGAAGCAAGAAGGAAGAAACCGAGGAAGCAGAGGAGCCGGGGGUGAGCAACCACUCUGAGGAUGUCUCGACGUCACCAGGCGAGGCAAAGGCCAAGGCUGGGGCCAGGCGAGGGCGACCACCGAAAUCCACGCAAGAGCCCAAGGCUGAGGAGGAUAAAGCAGAGAGCAAGAAAACGAAGGCCGCUCCUCCACCCGCUCGCGAGAUCCCCUGCCCAGAAUGUGACCUCACUUUUCCAGCGCUGGCACAGCUGCGGGCUCAUAAGAAAGAGAAGCACACCCAGCGGAAGCCUCAUCCCUGCAAUGAGUGUGAGGAGAGUUUCAACCGUCCUGAGCAGCUGGAGGCCCACAUGACCCGAGCCCACACAGCCGGCCGAUACGCCUGUCCAACGUGCGGCAAGAGCUUUGGCAGAGAGAGCAACCUUAAGGCUCACCAACAGAGCCAUGGCAAAGAGGAAGAGAAGCCAGCUGGUCGUGGAAAAAGAUAAUUCAGCAUAGAAGAGGAAUAAAGUUCUGUAAAGGGUUUAGGGUUUCAAGAUUUUUUUAUGUUGGUUUAAUGGAACAGCUGAAAAAAAAGUGGGGUCAGAUUUUGGUUUGCAGGAUUGAAACAUGCCUCAGAUUAAGUGGGUGAGACUUUUUCAACACUAUUAGGGUUUGUGUGGAAACUGGAAGCCCUAAAAGCCCCUUUGUGUGGCUUCUUCAUUUCAUCUUGAUAUGUUCGUAGCUGUGGCAUGGUAUGUGUUUCCAGCCACAGUUGAAAUGUAUAGGAUAAUCCAACCCAUGGAUCACACACAUCAGUAUCUUAGGGGGAAAAAAAAUGAAAGCCCACCUGCAGUAAAAGCUUUGUAUUGGCUUUUAUUUGAACAUUUUAAUGUCUUUUUUUUAUGAAUAUCACAAGUGAGUUAUUGUUUUUACAUUAUUUUUAGAAGUGUGUGUGCGUGUGUGUGUGAUGCCAGGUGGAAACAUACCUGAAUAGAAUUAGUGUUUUCUGAUGACAAGCAUCAACCUUAUUGAUUAGAAAAUGUUUUAAUUUUCUGUAGUACCACAAGGCGUUACUUCUAAGUGUCUGUCAGCCGCGACUAAUUCUGAUCUGUAUAAUAAGA